UACCAGAGUGAAGCUCCCUUAUUCCUUUUGACAGCGAGGAGACUAAAAAUCCUUCUCUCUCACACGCGCGCUUAGUCGCUCUCUGCUGUCGCCUUCGCCGGACCACCACCUCGUCCUGCUCUCUCCAUUGCCAUACGAUCACUCCGUGAUUUCCGCUUGUCAUGGACCAGUAUGAAAAGGUCGAGAAGAUUGGUGAAGGUACUUACGGAGUUGUUUACAAGGCUCGGGACCGUCUAACUAAUAAGGUGAUUGCCCUUAAGAAGAUUCGUCUGGAGCAGGAAGAUGAAGGGGUUCCUAGCACUGCCAUUAGAGAGAUCUCAUUGUUAAAGGAGAUGGAGCAUAGCAACAUUGUCAGGUUACAUGAUGUCAUUCACAAUGGGAAUAAAUUGUACCUUGUUUUUGAGCAUUUGGACUUGGACUUGAAGAAGCACAUGGAUUCUUGUCCAGGACUUUCUAAAGAUACACGUAUAAUAAAACUGUUCCUCUACCAAAUUUUAUGUGCUACAGCAUACUGCCAUUCUCAUAGGGUUCUUCACCGAGAUUUAAAACCCCAAAAUUUGUUGGUUGAUCGACAUACAAAUGUCCUAAAGCUUGCAGAUUUUGGGUUGGCAAGGGCAUUUGGAAUUCCUGUUCGGACAUUAACCCAUGAGGUUGUGACCUUGUGGUAUAGAGCUCCAGAAAUCCUCCUUGGUGCUCACUGCUACUCUACUCCAGUUGAUGUUUGGUCAGUAGGUUGUAUCUUUGCAGAAAUGGUGAAUCAUAAAGCACUGUUUCCUGGAGAUUCAGAGAUUGAUCAAUUGAUGAAGAUUUUCAGGGUUGUGGGCACUCCGGAUGAGGGAAAUUGGCCAGGAGUUACUUCAUUACCCGAUUUCUUAUCAUCCUUCCCCAAGUGGCGUCCUAAGGAUUUGGCAAAAGUUGUGCCCACUCUUGAAGCAGCUGGAGUUGAUCUUCUCUUGAAAAUGCUCUGCUUGGAUCCCAGCCAAAGAAUCAGUGCUCGUAAAGCUCUCGAACAUGAAUACUUUAAAGAUCUUGAUGAAGAGUUAUAAACAAGUUUUCAUUCUAUUGUAUAUGAUCUGUAUUGGUGCAUAUUAUGAGGUCCAACUCUUGGAUUUUCUUCACGAGUGAAAUUAUUUCCUUUUUAGAUUUGUUUUGUGUCUCAACUCUGUCAUUAAAAGAUUCUUACUUUUAUGUUUUGAAUGGACGCAAUGAUAGAGGCAUUUACAAAUUA